UCCUGCUCCUCCUCCUCCUGUUCCUCCUCCUCCUCCGGGUCGACCUACGGCUGCUGGUGACCGAGGAUGGCGGUGCGGCAGUUGCUGCGGGCAGCAGCCCCGCGGCUCCUCAGCAGCGCUCCAGCUCCUGCCCUGGCGCCCCAGCCCCGCGCUGUGGAUGACAAGCUGCUGUCCGAGCCUCUCAGCCACCCUGACUUCUUCAACGUGAAGGAGCUCUUCUCCCUGAAGGAUCUCUUUGAUGCUCGGGUGCACCUGGGGCACAAAAAGGGAUGUCGGCAUCGGUUCAUGGAGCCCUACAUCUUUGGCUGCCGCCUGGAUCAGGAUAUCAUCGACUUGGAUCAGACAAUGCAGCACCUCCAGCUGGCUCUCAACUUCACCGCUCACAUCGCCUACCGCAAGGGCAUCAUCCUCUUCGUUAGCCGCAAGCGCCAGUUCUGCCACUUGAUUGAGCGCACGGCGCGGGAGUGCGGGGAGUACGCCCACACCCGCUACUGGCAGGGUGGCCUCCUCACCAAUGCCCACAUCCAGUUUGGGCCCGGCGUCCGCUUGCCCGACCUCCUCAUCUUCCUCAGCAGCCUCAACAAUGUCUUUGAAUCCCACGUGGCCAUCCGGGAUGCUGCCAAGAUGAACAUCCCCACGGUCGGAGUGGUAGACACAAACUGCAACCCCUGCUUGAUCACCUACCCCAUCCCUGGCAACGAUGACAGCCCCACCGCCAUGGAGCUCUACUGCAAGCUCUUCAGGAUGGCCAUCAUCCGCGCCAAGGACAAGAGGAGGCAGAGUGAGGCAUUGGACCAGCUGCGAAGCAAAGCAGAGGGCAAUUAAAGCCCUAGAGACAACUUAGCCGUGCCCAGCAGCUUGGUGAUGGGCGUCCUGCUCUGCUCCUGUAGGCGCUGCAGGACUGACCCUGCACUCAAAGCACCAGCUUUCAGCAGAGAUCCUGUGGUGGUCACAGCUGUGGUGGGUCUCCAGCUCAAUAUAAAAUUGUCCAGCACCACGCAAGGGGAGAUGGAGCCAGGUCAGACCCAGCGCCUGUCCUGUCCUUGUUCCUGCCGCAAGGAGGUGCUUCUGUCCUGUGGCCUGAGCUUGUGAUCUCAUGUGAAACCACUUGUAUCUCGUGCCUCUUCUUGAUAUGACAAAUAAAGGGCCCUGUGAACCUUU